UGUCAGUAAGGAGCCGUCUCCGACAGCGUCGUUUUUGUACUUAUCACUCUGUACACACACCUCCACAACUGACUUUUGCCGGCGAGUUUUCUUUUCGCGCGUGCUACGAAACAUCAAAGUGCACACAAUCCGGGCUCGAGAACAAAAGUGAUUGACCUUGGUUCCCUACAUUUUUUAUCGCGUUCUUUUUUUCUGUGAAUCAAAAAAAUGCACAUCAACAUGAAGAAGAUCAUGGUGGUGCAGUUAUUGACCCUAGCACUCUUCGCUUUCAUGAGCUUCGACCAAGUGACCGGUUACCCGCAGGAUCGACUCAUGCCAGGGGGCUACGUAUCGGGAGCGCGCAGUUUUGCAACAGUUGCUGCGGUGCGGUGGUGGUCUAAUGAGCACGCAUCGCCAAGCUUUUUCUCAGCGUACACGCGAGCGCAACAAUGGCAUUGGGGGUGACGGCUACAUAUUCUAAUAAGAUGUGGUUUUACCGGGGGCUUUGUAAGAUGGAGCUCCUGUUGCUAAUCAUGAGAGAACUGGUUACGAGGACUCCGUAGCAGCAGCCUCAGAGACCGGUGGAACCGAAGAGGCUUACGACGACGGUGACGACUCGGACAUGUACAUGGAGCCCGACGGUGCUGAAAGUUCUCAUAGCGCUGCCCGACACGAGAAUCAGGAACAACACGCCACCCAAAAAUCCGCUCCCGAGCAUCCGGACGACCAUCGCACCGUCGAGGACGAGCAGCCGUCGUCGGUGCCAGCUCGUGUGACCAUUGUGGCAGUGCGUCCAGUGCAGACUUCGAUCCACGUGACUUCCAGCGAAAGCACCAGCGAAUCUACCAAACUUGACAGCGAAGAAAAAAGCCUAGAGACCGACAGCCAGAACUUCUUCCCGUCGUUUGCAGAGCUUUUCGGUAAUCACAGACUCCCGUUCACCGAGCAUCAACAACAGCAGUCGCAACAACGUUACAGGCCAAGUCGCUUCUUGGGAUACUUCCAGCGCGAUCGCCCUUACGCCAUAGCAUCUUCGAACAAGGAACAGCAACCGGCUCUUCUUGGUUCCGGCAACUUUGGCGUCAUUCGCGGCGGAACAUACUAUCCCGAAGAUAAAGAACAAGACGAGUAUAGUAUCGACGAAACUGCUUUCAGUCCGUUCUACCAUCGUGGUAGGACCAGCUAUUACAAGAACCCGAAGCCUCAACCAGUUCGUGCCGGUGACUUCUUCGCCAAUUUCCGCGACUUCGCCGACAUCACUGCGCCACCGAAAUCCAGCUUCUCUCAUUUGUCCGUGGUGUAUGCAGCCAAGAAUGGAAGUAGCACUGGCACCAGAGCACCUGACCAACCAAGAAAUAUCUUCGAGACAUUGAGAAUGUUGGAAGAGGAAGAGGGAGACGUUAUCACCACGACAACCACUGAAGUACCGCAGAAGAAAUUAAGUCAGGCCAAGCGCAAACUCAUCAAGAUGAAGAAAUAUCAAGAGGACAAAUUGCGUAAAUCACGUAUGACAGUCGAACCGCUCCUCGCACUCAGUUGAACG